AUGAAUGAUGACCCCAAAAAGGUGACUGAGAAGAAACUCUCAAUAUUCUACCACUGCUAUCUCCUGAGCCAAGAGGCUGCUCGCUCUGAGAAGGAUGGGGCUACGGCAGACACAGAUGAAGGAUGCUGCAAGCUGGAAGAUUCAGGCAUGGUGGCAGGGAACGUUGGUACAACCGGCACUGCUACAUGGAUCCCUCUAAGCCUGAAUUAUCCAGUGCUGGUUGUGGGUGGCAUAUAUAAGGCUAACGGAGAGAAGACGACAGGCAGUGCUGCUGCUGUGUACCUCAAGGGAGACGAGGCAGCCAUCAAGAUCCAGGCCUGGUGGCGGGGGACCGUAGUACGACGCGCCCUGCUGCACGCAGCCCUCCGUGCCUGGAUCAUACAGUGCUGGUGGCGGGUAGCUCACGUGCGACUGUUAGAUCGGCGUCGCCAGACAGUGCUGCAGCUCUACACGAGGCGAGAGUGGGCCGUGGUGAAGCUUCAGGCCCUGAUCCGAAUGUGGCGUGUGCGACGGCGCUACCUGAGGGCCCGGGCCGCCGCCUGCCUGAUCCAGACGCGCUGGCGCAACUGCCUGACCCGCGGGCUCCUGCGUGGCCGCUACCAGAUCACAGCCAGAGGUCUGGCAAUGAACGUGAAGGUCUUAAUUGCAUAG